GGGUGCCCGCUCCGCUCAGCGUCGCGGCCGCGUGGCCCGGCGGAGCCCCGAGACCACCCCCGGGCGGGGCGCCGCCGCGAUGUCGGUGGCCGGGCUCAAGAAGCAGUUCCACAAAGCCAGCCAGCUGUUUAGUGAAAAAAUAAGUGGUGCCGAAGGAACAAAGCUAGACGAAGAAUUUCUGGACAUGGAAAAGAAAAUAGACAUCACCAGUAAAGCUGUUGCAGAAAUUCUUUCAAAAGCCACAGAGUACCUCCAGCCCAAUCCAGCAUACAGAGCUAAGCUAGGAAUGCUGAACACGGUGUCGAAGCUCCGAGGGCAAGUGAAGGCCACUGGCUACCCGCAGACGGAAGGCUUGCUGGGGGACUGCAUGCUAAAGUAUGGCAAGGAGCUCGGAGAAGACUCUGCUUUUGGCAACGCAUUGAUAGAAGUCGGUGAGGCCAUGAAACUUAUGGCUGAGGUGAAAGACUCCCUGGAUAUUAAUGUGAAGCAAACUUUUAUUGACCCACUGCAGCUACUGCAAGACAAAGAUUUAAAAGAGAUCGGGCACCACCUGAGAAAGCUGGAAGGCCGCCGCCUGGAUUAUGAUUAUAAAAAGAGGCGAGUAGGUAAGAUACCUGACGAAGAGAUCAGACAAGCAGUGGAAAAGUUUGAAGAGUCAAAAGAGCUGGCCGAAAGAAGCAUGUUUAAUUUUUUAGAAAAUGAUGUAGAGCAAGUCAGCCAGCUGGCCGUGUUUGUAGAGGCGACAUUAGACUAUCACAGGCAGUCCACAGAGAUCCUCCGGGAGCUGCAGAGCAAGCUGGAGCUACGAAUAUCUUUUGCAUCCCGAAUCCCCAAGCGGGAAUACCUGCCAAGGUCUGUGGACACAACUUCCAGCGACAUGAAUGGGAUUUCCACCAGCAGCUCGUCAAAGACAGCAGGUACUCACAUUCCCCCGGACCAGCCCUGCUGUCGUGGUCUCUAUGACUUUGAACCAGAAAACGAAGGAGAAUUAGGAUUUAAAGAAGGGGACAUCAUUACAUUAACCAGUCAGAUAGAUGAAAACUGGUAUGAAGGAAUGCUACGUGGGGCGUCCGGCUUCUUCCCCAUUAAUUAUGUGGAAGUCAUUGUGCCUUUACCUCGGUAAAUGUGUCUUUUGGACCUACUUUCAUAACUGAAAUGAACUUGCACCAGUGUUCUCUCAGUGUGGUGUUCUGUGACAUCCUCGCUCUCUGGCCCACUUAAUCACUUUUGUAUGUGUGUUUUCUUUAUAAUGUAUUUUGUAUCAGUUUAAUUUGUAUAACUCAUAAAGAUAGUUUUCUUCUUGUUCUAAAAGUCAUUGGUUAAAUGUGUUUGCUUCCUGUUGCUAAAAAAAAAAAAAAAAA